ACUGCACACCCUCCGAUGCGAAGAAUAUAUAUAAAUAUAUGUUUUUGUUUUCUUCCUUAGCCUUGAACUCGACCACAGUCCCAUGCUUUUGUCACUGUGUACCAGGCUUUGUGAAUCCUGGUCCGUUGGUUUCUCCCCUUUUGCGGAGGAGGAGCGUGGUGAUCGAGAAUUACGGGGUAGUUUCUCGUUGUCUGUCGGCAGAGCGCUCUCGUCGCUAAUCUACAAUCUCUCGUUACAAGCUCAAUCCCACACCUGCGCUGAUGCAGUGUGGGUGAAGAUCCUUAAAACGACAUUGAUCACUUGUCCGACCUUUCAUGAGUUAACUUGUCCAAAAUCGAGCACUCGUUUUUCGUUUUGAUGGUUUUUACUUCAUGGAUUUUGAGGAGUUGGAAGUGAUACUCUCUAGCCGGAGUUCGAGGUUUAGAGUGCGGCUUCCUGGCAGAUGGGAUCGUCGGAGUUGAAGUGUUGGGGGCAGUCCAGUGCUCCUGGAGCGUUCCAUUCUUUGGCUCGCGGAUCAGUGGUGACGAUGAUUGAAUUCCUCCGCCCUGGCUGCAUGCUGUUGCGUUUCAAUUGUUGCAGAGAGCUUCUUCUUGUGUAUGUAAAGCGACUUCUAGGGUUUCAUCAACAAAUAACUCUGAGAUUUCAUGGAUCGUGGAGAGUAGCUGCUCCUGGCUUUGAAGAUGGGGCGUGUAAUCCUCGUUGCGCUAGGGUGAUUCCAUCGGCAAGGUGUCAAAAUUCCAGGUGUUGGAAGAUACAGAAUGUGCUGGUUCUACAUUGAUAAAUCAGGUUGUCAUCAAUUCGUAGAAUGGCACAUGAACGGAAUGGAUACCCACAGGUUCCUUAUAGAGAGACGUAUGGCCCCACAGGAUGGCCUGCGUGGGGACCUGAGCGAGGAGCGUAUGAUUCCUCAAGAAACCGUACAUGGGGAGAUGGCCAAGAGCAUAGCAGCUCGAAGAUGGGUUGGUUGGAUCCUAGCUCAAGAAAUAGCCCUAGAGAUGCAUAUGCUACGACGAGUAACCGCACACAGGGAGAUGACCGAGGGUAUGGCUACCCGAAGUUUGGUUCGAUGGAUUAUACCCCAAGAAAGGACCCUAAAGAUGCGCAUGAUACCACAAAUAAUCGUACAUGGGGAGAUGAUCUAGGGUAUGGCUUCUCGAAUUUGGGUUCGAUGGUUUAUAACCCAGGAAAUGACCCCAGAGAUGCUCGUGUAGGCUUACGCGAUGAAGAAAGAUCACCACAUCAACCGGUGGGACUCCUAAGUUGGUUCCCGAACUUUGUGUUGAAUUUUGUAGGUCUCGGCGGGCAUUCAAACACAGCCACAAGAGACAGUCCUUCUGCUGGCGGCACUGGUCCGGAAUUUUCCAGACCUUCGCCACAUGACAAAGAACCUGAAUUUAGGCACUCCACUAGUCAUUCGUCUUAUGCUCCAUCCAUGGACCCUCAAAGUCGAAAUACUGCCGACGGUGCUAAUGGUUACCAUCACGGAAACGUCGGUAGUCACGUUCGGAAAUUCGGUGAUGACAUCAGUUACAAACCUGCUGUGCAUGAGGCUAGGGUCAACGAGACGGAGGUUAUAAGACUUAGAAAAGAGAUCGAAAUUUUGAAAAAUCGGGUUAAGCUUCGGGAGAACGACUUUUCCAAGGUCUUGAAAGAUCGCGAGCAUUUCAAAUUAGAACUUGAGUUUCAAAUAAUAAAGAUGAAAAAGGAGGCGGAAGAUGCUUCACAGCUUCGACAGAACCUGUUGGACAAUACCGUUGUUUUGGCAAAAAAAGAUGCAGCUCUAGAAAUGAAAGAUGCUGAGUGCAGGAAGCUGAAAAAUGAUGUGGAACAGCUUAAACGUGAAUGUCUUGAAUCGAAAAGUCUAUUAGUAGUGUUUAGACGUGAGAACCAGGAGUUCAAGAGUACUUCGCAAAAGCUUAUAGAUGAGAACCAUGUAUUGAAGAGUUCUUUGCAGAAGCUUAAAGAUGAGUACCAGGAAUUGAAAAGUUCUUUGCAGAAGCUUAAAGAUGAGAACCAGGAAUUGAAAAGUUCUUUGCAAGAGCGUAGCGGGGAGAACCGGGACUUGACAAGUACUUUGCAAGAGCUCAGCCGGGAGAACCAAGAAUUGAAGAGUAAUAUAGCCAUGCAGGAGGAGACAAGAGCAAGAGAAGCAGACUCUGGAGGCCAGGUCGACACGAAGCUCUCGCAUGUUGAAUUGAGAACAACAAUUGAUAAAUUGGAGGCCAACAGAAAACAGUUGACUAACCAGGUAGAAGCAUCUUCAAAGCGCAUAGAAGAGCUCAAACACCAAAUGUCAACUCUACAAUUGAAAUUGCGAACCAACGACAUGGAGAUGCAAAAUCUCCGAAGUCGAUUGCGUGUUGAGCUCGAACAUUUGGAGCAUAGACAGUUGUUAAUUCAGAAAUUAGAGCAAGAUUUAAAGCAGAGAAAUGCUCAAUUUGAGAUAUUAGAGCAGGAAGCGCAAGAUCUUCGUCACAUAAACAAAUCUCUUACAACUGCGAUGGCCGCAAAUGCAACAGCAAUAAGUAGCUAUGGCGACCAGGAGGAGCGAGAGUUUGAAGCGGAAUACUUUAGUUUGAAAGCACAAGUGGAUUCGAGUGAAUCGGAGGCAAAGGAUUCGACGUCAGAAUUGAUGCGAGAAAUAGAUGACCUAAAAAACCAAAUACAACUAUUGAAGAGGGAUUCAGGAAGCGUGGAGUUUCUACCACCACCUAAGGAGUACCACGGAGGAGAUUCAUUUCUGGAAACACAGGCCACUCCCUAUCUUCUCGAUAAGGCUGUCCAACGCGUGCACGAAGUAGCCGGAAACUUCGCAAGGCUUCUGACGAAGGCGAUGGAUCAGGGCAAGAUAGAUGGCAUGGCAGUGGCUCGCAACGACUUUGUUCGCUCCCAAUCGAUUGGUAAGGCAGCUCCCUUGAAGUACGUUUUGGAGGCGAUCACUUGCAAGUUAUUGUUCCAAGGCUUCGAGAAUGAAUGCUUUGAGUUGCAAGAUAGCACACCAGGAUUUCUGGACAUGGAGGAACAGAGGAUGGAAAAUUUCCGUCAGUACAAACAUUUGUGCUCCAUGGACUAUGCGGAGAAACAUGUGCUUAUGGGAGACAACCUUUUCACCAAAUUUUGUAGGCUGAAGCUGGCUAACCUGAGUGCGGCCAUUCCCGAGGUCGAAAGCAUGGUUAACGAAAUUAUGUUCCGUGCCUUUGAGCAGUCUACCUCUGAAGAUGGCUCCACCUCUCAGGUCGCUGACACACUCGGAACAACGUUUGUUAAGCUUGCGAUGAGUGUGUGGAAAGUCCACAAACUUGCUUUUUCGUUUAAUCCCGUAGUUCGGAUUUUUCGUGUUCCACAAUCCGAACAAUUUGUUGAGAGGUUCAUGGAGUCGGUUAUUUUCCAGGAGUCCGAGUCCGAUGAUGACGGUGAUCAGUCGAGUGAUUAUAUAGCAAGCGUAGAUUUCAUGGUAGUCCCAGGCUUCUUAAUUAACAAGGUAAUAGUCCGUAGCAGAGUUUUUCUCGUUUCAAUGCCCGUGUCGAACGGGUUACGGUUCCCGAGCCCAAGUUGAUGGAUGUUUAAACUCUUUUCAGUCUACAGACGUUCGCACUUCACCACACUUACGCUGCAAUGUUAGCCACGGAAAUCCCUCCCUGGACUUGUAUGUGAUACUUCGACAAAUUUCUCAUCGUGUAGCCUGUUCACAGGGUAGCCACCGACGCCUAUAUCUGUGUUUUCGAUACAUCUGCUGCAAAUUUGUAACGCAUGCAGCAGCAAUGCCUCAUGAAUUUUCCAUGGAUCUCAACGCGCGAGAUUGUGAUCGAAUGGUACCAAUUAAGCUUCUCUAACCUCGCAGAAUCUUGGGGAGCAAAUGGAACCAUUCUAAACCCUGAGCGUUGCCGGCCAUUCCACUCAUUCUGUCGAGCAGUAUGAGGGGCUUUUAAUCCUCGCAGAAAGCUGAAGAGGAGCUCUACUUCGAUGCUGACAAUAUUACUGUGGAGGUGAAUUCCCAGCCUCAUUUCUCUUGUGUAGAACCGGCAAGGAUUUUCUACCAUUGCAUCAUUGCUUUAAAAACUAUGUCAGGUAGUGAAGAUUGAAAAGGUAUACACCAAAUUGGACGUUUCUAGCCGUUUUGAAAGCCUCCACUUACAGCGCUGUCUAAUGUUACUUUGUCAUUUGCUAAUACUAACAAACAGGGCAUGUUUUGAUACGAAAGAAGCCGUAGGCUUAUUGGUAGUGAAGCUUCGGUGAACAUCGGUGAUGUGCUUAUACUAUUUCAACGAGUUGGUCGGAGAUGAGUAUACUUUCAGCGCAACCACAUAGUGGCUGCCACUUUUAACAGCAGAUUAUUCAUCUCCGUUCAGUUUACCAUAUUUUUAUCAGUCGGUAAUUGAGGGACUUAAAAGGCUUAGAUAUCAAGCACCUCAUGUUCAUUUGAUGCAGUUGCAGUUGUUUCCCUUCUGCUAAGGUGUGAUUCUGCAUUGAAUUUGUAUUUCUACCAGCUUGGUUGCAGCUUCGUUAUUCCUUUUUGUAGCACUAACAGACCGAUUUCUUUCUCGACAGUGUAUUCUCUUCGGUUCUAUUCGAAGCGCCUUCAGGGGAGGCCUCGAAGUCGGUAAUCAGAGGGUUUCAACGCCGCUUUGCACUACGUCUCUGCAAUGACAUCUACGGAUAUCGCCAACGGGACGAACCAGGCGAUAAAGCUGCAAGUAGGCAGUGGUUGCCGUGUCUCGGAUAUGGCUACGGUCGAGGCAGGCAAGAAGAUCAACAUCAGAGCCGAUUGUAACGCGACGUACUGCGAGUACACCCUGAGGGUUGUCGAUAACGAUGGACCGCCGAAUGUGGUACUCAACUCUGACGAUCUCUGCGACUACAAGAGCAUCACCAUCAAGGAAGAAGCCGGCAAUCUCAAGCUGCAUAAAGUGCCGAGGGAGCUGGUCAGCACCAGUUCUUCGAUCGAUAUCUCUAUUGGACCCGCAAAGAAGAACAGACGGUUCACUUGGUGGUUUACUAAGUAGUACCUGUGCAUGUUCAAGCACCAGCUCUACCGCUCUAUUGAGAUUACUCCUCCACCACCCAUUGUGUUCAUUAAUUAUGGACUCUACUUCGACGCCUCCAUCGAAACAUUUUUUAACAUGUUUAGACCAUUGCUACGCAAGAGAAAGUGCAGUUGCCUUGCUCCUUUGCUGACGGCCCACUGGUUUGUUAUAUCCACACACAAGUAUUUCCGUGCGAUUUGCAAAUAAAGAGCUGGUUUGAGUCUCAAUAAGUCACAAUAUUCACACUU